AUGACAACAUUCUUUUUUGGUAAAAAAGACGAAAACCCAAGGAAGAAACGUGUACCUAGAUUGAUACUAGUUCAGAACCCGCUGACAUGGUUGAUGAUAAAAAUAGAUUUUGGUGUAUUGAAGACGGUAUGGGAUCCUUCGUUUAUUGAAAGGGAAUUUAAAUUUGGAACAAAACAGGCGAUAUCUCGAGUGACACAAGUCAUUAGCGGUGGAGAAUUUUCGGAAUUGAAUGGUCUGUUGACGAAGGCAGCGCGUUUGAGCCUACUCCGGGAGUUGGAUCGCAAUUGGGGGGAGCGCCAGAGGUCCCUACUAGCGCUGCAACGUGACGACAUACAAAUAUCUUCGCCGCGAAAAGUCUACUUCAUCAGAAUAGGAGAUAAGAAAUUCUGUGAUGUCGAUAUGGCUUUUCUGGCUCUCAAGUGGGCGCCUAUAAAUAGCAUAGAUUCUUUAAUUUUUGCGGAAAUAUUCGCCCGGUUCCAUCGAGAAUAUACCCCACACUGCAUACCAGAAUGGACGAUUGCAUACUUCAAGGUAACACGCUUCGAAGUGCUACGACGACAACAAAAGAAAGCACAAAAUCUGUAA